UUUUCCCAAACUCACAUUCUUCUGAUACAAGUACACAAAGAAGCUGUCGAGACGUCCCCGAAUACAAUCGUGCACCCGCUCCUGGCUUGCAGGUGGUCAGAAUUUCCCAUUCUCUGCUGCUGUAGGCAUGGCGCGGUGCUUGUACAGUAGCUCGUAAGCCUCAUAUAGAGGUUUAGAUAUUCCAUUGUCCUGGGGGACCGUCCGACCUAAGUGAACUGUUUGAUAUUCCACCACGAAGAGAUAUGUGCGAGCGAAUCGGGAGCGUGACACACAUGGAGGAAUAAUCGCAUCGCCUACAGGAAAAGUUAUACCCUUUCAUUGGAUCACAAAGUCUCCUUCCCACUUUCUCAUAAAGGUGCCACUGCCAUUUCCACUUUAGAAGCGGCUGCCAAUCACAGUCCUGAAACAGAGCGGCAAAACAGGACAGAACAGAGCAGAUCAAAGCACGGAAUUCGCAACAAACGAACCCAAUUUCCUUCCUUAGUCCCACAAAAUAAUUCCUAAAUUUCGUCAAAAGCCUCUGAAAUUUGUUCUCUUUCAUUAAUCCAAUGGACAGCAGCCCCAUCGCUAAGCCGAGCAAGAGGAGGAAGUGGUUUCUGCUGCUUACCCUCACUUUGCUGCUGUCCACCCUGCUUCUGCUAAUCACUAUCUUCUCUUCCUCAACAUGGUCUCAGUACAAGCUGCACCGUGUCCGUGUCGAGAAGCCGCCUCUCCCAAGCUUCGCUGAGUCCAAACUAAAGGUCUUGCCUACUUCCACUGACCCAAUUCCAAGACUCGCAUACCUGAUUUCGGGCUCUCGAGGUUCGGGACAGAGCCUGAAAAGGGUGUUGAGAGCCCUCUACCACCCUCGGAACCAAUAUGUCGUGCACUUGGACUUGGAGGCCUCGGCCGAGGAGAGACUUGACCUGGCGAGCUUCGUGAGAAAUGAACCCGUGUUCACAAAGGUUGGGAACGUAAGGAUGAGGGCCAGGGCGAACCUGGUGACCUACCGGGGCCCGACAAUGGUGACCAAUACUCUCCACGCAGCCGCGAUCCUGUUGAAAGAUGGUGGGCAAUGGGACUGGUUUAUCAACCUGAGUGCCUCUGACUAUCCCCUCGUGACGCAAGAUGAUUUGCUUCACGUCCUGUCAGGGAUUCCGAGACAUUAUAACUUCAUCGAGCAUACUAGCGACAUUGGGUGGAAAGAGUAUCACAGAGCCAAUCCAAUUUUAAUCGAUCCCGGGCUAUACACCCUACAAAAGUCGGAUGUGUUCUGGGUUCCUGAGAGACGAGGAGUUCCCACCGCUUACAGAUUAUUUACAGGUUCGGCAUGGAUGAUGCUUUCUAGACCUUUUAUUGAGUACUGCUUGUGGGGUUGGGACAACCUCCCAAGGAUGGUCCUAAUGUACUAUGCCAACUUCCUCUCUUCGCCUGAAGGCUACUUCCACACCGUCAUUUGCAACUCCGACGAAUUUAAGAACACGACCAUCAACCAUGACCUCCACUUCAUCUCAUGGGAUAACCCACCGCAGCAGCACCCGCAUUUCCUCACCGAAGAUGAUUAUGAUAGGAUGGUAGAAAGCAACGCUCCUUUUGCUCGGAAGUUCAGGAGGGACGAAAAGGUCCUUGAUAGGGUCGACUCUGAGCUCCUGGGUCGCAGCUUCGAUGGGUUUUCGCGAGGUGGGUGGCUUGGCAAUGAGAAAAGCUCGAACUCAUCCAUCUUCCCGAGAUACGCUUCGGCAAAUGUUACUGAACUGAGGCCCAUUCGAGGUGCUGAAAGGCUAAAGGGGCUUAUCUCUAGAUUAUUAUCUGCCGAUGACUUCCAAAAUAGCCACUGUAUAUAAAAUGGAGUAGCGACAUUAGGAAUCCCCUGAAUAUACACUUGCACUGAAACACGGUGGUAUAUCUUUUAUUUAAAUUUUCAUAUAAAGGCUAUGUAUUCAGUAGAGAAUCGAGAAAUUGUUAGAGGAAGUUCCAUACAUAAGAAUCGAUAUACAACAUCAGGUCCAAGGCCUGAAUGUCCCAGUUUCCCUGUAAGUUUACUUUUACUAGUCAGUGGUUCAACUUGUACAUGUAGCACUAGUUUUAUGUAUCAACCAACCCACUGGAUGGCUUAUUGGGCA